GUUUCUUUGGUGACGUUGAAGUUGCCAUGACAUUUAGUCCGAGCCCAUCGUCGCAAGAAUACACCAAUAUAUACAAAACCGUGUUACGUACAUUUCAAGACUGUUUCAAGAAUUCUACAGGAUAUAAGGAAACUGUUAUAUUGGACAUGAAGUUAGUUUCUCCUGCAGCUCGGACCAGAAGCAGGCGUAGUACGGAUACAGUUUCCGUCAAAGUAGCUCAGAUAUUCACAAAGGGAGCUACAACUGCGUCUGAAGUUUCCAGCGUGAUAGCGGGAUAUAUUACUGCUAAUAACUCCACGAUUGGAACAUACAGAGAUGCAACGCUCUGCAGCGCUGGAUUUUACUGUGAUGAGGUAACGACCACAUGUUCCUUGGCUGAGGAUGGGCAGUCGGCUCUGUGCACAUGUACAGCCGGAAGGUUUUCCUCGUCACCUGUCUACACCUCCUGCAGAGAGUGUAACCCCACGUGUGGCAGUACUGAGGGGCAAUACUGCAUGCAAAAUUCCCCCAGCGACAUCCCCACGUGUGCCUGCACAGCUGGUUAUAAAACCCAAGGGGAGAAAUGCACAAAAUGUGACUUCGGUUACUCGGGAGAGAAUUGUAAAGACAAUUUCCUUCUUAUCCUGGUCAUAGUUGGAGCAGUGCUCGGCGCUGCUGUUGUCGCUUUACUUGGCGCAGUUAUUGGCGUUUCCACCAGGUGCAAGAAAGAAAAGAAGAACACUGAGCACACAAAGUUAAUUAAUAAGGCUGACGAGGUGUCAGUAGAAGCAAGUCCGGUGCCUCAGAGCCUGUUCCCCAAAGUGCGAGCAAAGCCUAAUAUGGGUCAUGUGAACACUGCGGUCAAUGUCUAUGAAGAAAAUGAUGCGCCGAGCCUCUCCAUUCCGCAACGGGAUUACGAUGAGAAUCCAUGGUAUGAAAUGUCACGGAAGGAUAGACAGUACUAGGAAACCCAGGGGAGGAUUUAGGACAGUAAUGGACCCCAAUAACCACCUGAGGGGGGACUUUUACCUCAGAAGUGCAACGUAUCAAGUUUUCUCAAGAGACCAAAAAAAAUCCAAACUUUCAAUUGGGACAGAUGACUCUGCGGGAUUAUUGCAGCUCAGGGAUGUGAGGAAGAAUAUCAGAUCGCUUCAAUCCUGGAUUGCUGGGAUUAGGGGUCAGGCCUGGAUUAGGCCGCUGGCUAGAUCUGUGGAUAUAGAAUUAUGGGGCCUAUUUAUUUUAGGGCGAAGAGCUCUGUAGCUGGGAAAUACGGGUGUUUUAUUUCAUUUAAAGUUUUUUUUUAUUAUUAAUAUCAUUUAAACCCUAAUCUGUUCUUUCUUCUGUGAGCGGGUGAUUCGGCCCACGCACCAUUGCAAAGAAUGGUUUAUACUUUUACCAUUUUUUUGUAUUUUUUUUAUUGCGCAAUAGUUCCGUCUCCAUUGCCGUAGCGGCCAGGAGCCCAAUGAAAAGUAGGCCUCUAAAAUUUGAUAUAAAUUCAGAUCUAGGACGCGGAGCUGUUAUUUAGAUGAUACAAUUAAGGAUAUAUUUCUACUAUUUUGUUUAUUGUCUUUUUUUUUUUUUAAUGUUUUUUUUAAACUAUAUUUAACUCGAGAGUCUCUUAUCUACCUGGCCCACCGGAGGGGGUGAGUGAAAGGUCGUCUCCCGCUCUAAUGGACUUGGGGCAAUUGUUUAGUUUUUUUACCCCUUGGUAAAACAACUCUGGGCGCAAGAACCUCAUAACAGCUUUGAUGCUUUAUAAGUUUUUGCGUUUUUUUUUAAUGCUAUAUAUUAAGAUUGUACUGUUUAUUUUUUUAUAUCCACUGAACUUAUUGGCAGGUACAAUAAGUCCCUUUUAGAGAAUGAGAGGAGGGGUGUGAGCAGUGUCAGGCACUUACGGAGUCUCAGAUCCCACAGAUGGCGUCUCCGGCUUCAUAGGCCAGCACUGAAGAUCUGCCGCCGCAUGGAGACCACAUUGCACUUGAUGUACAGAACCUGCUUUACCCUGUAAUUUAUUUUAAACUUUUUAAUCUUAAUAAAGUAAUUUAAGUCUGUGA